CAACUCAUUUGACUAAGCAACCAACACGACCAUCUAUAACCCCCAGCCAGCUAUGAGCUCUCUGAACGUGACCUCCCUCUUCAACGUCAAGGACAAGGUGGUGAUCGUAACUGGCGGUGGCCGCGGCAUCGGCAAGAUGAUCGCCGACGGAUUCGUGCAAAACGGAGCCAAAGUUUACAUCGUGUCUCGCAAUUUCGACGCGUGUCAAGACACCGCCAAUGAACUGAAUGCCCAGGGACCAGGACAUUGCAUCCCGUUGCAAGCGGAUCUCUCGGGUGAGGAAGCAUGCCAAGCGUUCGCCGACAAGAUUUGCAAGCGCGAAUCCCGCCUCGACGUCCUCAUCAACAACUCGGCAAUGGGAUUGGAAACCCACGUCGAGAACACUCCAGGAAAUGUUUGGGACGAAACCCUGUCACUCAAUGUGACGUCGACAUACCUCCUCACACGGUUCUUGCUGCCUCUCCUUGAUGCCGCUGCAAUCUCAGCAGAUGGAGCCCGAGUCAUUAACAUUGGAUCUAUCGGAGGUUUUAUGCCGCAGAAGAUCAACACUGUCGUCUACGACACGUCCAAGGCCGCAGUGCACCACUUGACUCGAGUUCUAGCUGCCAAGCUUGCUCGUCGCCCGAACGGCGGUCACAUCUUAGUGAACGCUAUCGCUCCUGGACUGAUUCCAUCUAAAAUGACCGAGGGUCUUCCAUACGUGACGGGUAAGUCGUUCGAGCAGAUCAAGCAGGAAGUUCCUACCGAACGUAUGGGCGAAGACUCGGACAUGGCUGGACUCGCCAUUUUUCUCGCGUCCAAGGCCUCUGGUUGGAUUUCAGGCCAAGUCAUUACAUGUGAUGGAGGUAUGGUUGGUGCUGUGGAGACUGGGGUGGGACCCUAGGAAAAUUUUGUCUGUAGGCAGUACUUGAAAGUUCCACUGUACAACCUGCUCGGAUAAUAACAUCUCUUUUCGCGUUAGUUUUUUUCUAUAACAACACUAAAAAGAGAAGUUCAGAUUGAUAGUCGUUUCAC